UGGCUCGACUAAAACCUGCAGCACACUAAUAAGCAGCAGGUUAUUGUAAAAUUAGCAAAAGAGACAACUGGGUGUAGCUAAUGCUUGCUAACUGUUAGCGUGUAGAGGUUGCGGGGUAUCAGUGUGUGUUUCUGUGUGUAUGUUUGGUUGCCUGCCGUCAUCACAACAAUCGAGACAGCUUGAGAUUUAUUGCUGCACUACUCACAUAGAAAUGGCAUCGAUAGCUGCGGCGCUUGAGCCAGGUAUAAGCCCAGGCUCCAUACCAUUGGCUGAUGCUCUAGUCCCGGCGAGUAUAUUUGCUCCAGACCGGGGAGGAUGCGGUGGGGACGACACCGGGGACGAGUGCUACGAUGACGGGGACAUGAUCAAUGGCGAGCCCGAGGACCGCAGGAUUGACUUUACUAGCAAGCUGGCACUUGUUAGCCCAAAUGGAGAGCAGUAUGACUCGUUACUCCGCCAGCUACGGGACAGGAUGGAAGAGGGGUGCGGAGAGACCAUCUAUGUGGUUGGGAUGGGUUCAGAUGGUGGUGACUGGGGUCUGGAUGAGAAGGACAUGGAGGCCUCAGUGGCCACUGUGCACUCUAUGUGUGAGCAACUUAAUGCCGACCUUAUCCCACUCCGGGAACGCAAUGAGGCUGCCGGUUUGGUACGUGACUAUCUGAUCCGCCGGCGCGUGGGUGAGCUGGACUUCCUGGAGGUCAGGGUUGCAGUGGUGGGGAAUGUAGAUGCUGGUAAAAGUACUCUUCUGGGAGUAUUAACACAUGGAGAACUUGAUAAUGGCAGAGGCUUUGCUCGCCAGAAGCUCUUCAGACACAAGCAUGAGAUGGAGAGUGGCAGGACCAGCAGUGUGGGCAACGAUAUCCUUGGGUUUGACCAGGAGGGACAGGUGGUGAACAAACCAGACAGUCAUGGAGGAAGUCUGGACUGGACCAAAAUCUGCGAGAAGUCCUCUAAAGUCAUUACCUUCAUAGACCUGGCUGGCCAUGAGAAAUACCUCAAGACCACUGUGUUUGGGAUGACUGGACACCUGCCCGACUUCUGCAUGCUCAUGGUGGGCAGUAAUGCAGGCAUCGUAGGGAUGACCAAAGAGCACCUGGGUCUGGCCUUAGCUCUGAAUGUGCCUGUGUUUGUAGUGGUAACCAAGAUAGACAUGUGUCCAGCCAACAUCCUGCAAGAGACAUUGAAGCUGCUCCAGAGGUUACUGAAGUCCCCUGGCUGUAGGAAGAUCCCUGUCCUGGUACAGAACAAGGAUGACGUCAUAGUCACCGCUUCAAACUUCAGUUCGGAGAGGAUGUGUCCCAUCUUUCAGAUCUCUAAUGUGACCGGAGAAAACAUGGACCUGCUUAAGAUGUUCCUCAACCUGCUUUCCUCCAGAACAUCCUACAGAGACGACCAGCCGGCUGAGUUUCAGAUAGACGACACCUACUCUGUACCGGGAGUGGGAACAGUAGUAUCAGGAACUACUUUACGUGGACUCAUACGUCUUAAUGAUACAAUGCUGCUAGGGCCAGACCCUCUGGGCAGCUUCAUCCCCAUUGCUGUCAAAUCAAUCCACCGCAAGAGAAUGCCUGUGAAGGAAGUUAGAGGUGGUCAGACUGCAUCGUUUGCUCUCAAAAAGAUCAAGCGGUCUUCUAUAAGGAAAGGCAUGGUGAUGGUGUCUCCGAGGCUGAGCCCACAGGCCACUUGGGAGUUUGAGGCUGAGAUCCUGGUACUGCAUCAUCCCACUACGAUAUCCCCCAGAUACCAGGCAAUGGUUCACUGUGGCAGCAUAAGGCAGACAGCCACCAUUUUGUCCAUGAACAGAGACUGUUUACGGACAGGUGACAAGGCCUCUGUCCAUUUCCGCUUCAUCAAAACCCCCGAAUACCUGCACUGUGACCAGAGGCUGGUGUUUAGGGAGGGACGCACCAAGGCUGUGGGAACAAUCACUAAGCUGCUGCAAUCCACCAACAAUUUGCCAUCAAAUUCCAAACCCCCGCAAAUUAAAAUGCAAUCUACAAAAAAGGCACAACUCCGAAAAGAGGAUGGCACCAUAGCGGCUGGUGAUGAUGCAACGACGAUAGCACCGACGGCAGGCCCAAUCACAACACAACCGGGAGAGGGAGAGGAAGACCCUCAGGUAAAGGAGGGCAACAAAGAGAACAAGCCAAAGUCUGGAGGAGGUGGAAGGAGAAGGGGUGGACAGAGGCACAAAGGAAAAGGCCAGAACAGCAGCACCAACUCACCGGCAGCUCCCUCCUCAUCAGGGUUAGGAGGCUGCUGAACUGCCCUCUUGCCCCUCGCAUACCUCCCUCUCUGCUAUCACUCCACCAAGUGUCUUCAUUCCACAUAACCAUGAAGGAUAUCGAUGUUUUAGAGCAGGACACUCUCCUUGCCUUUUUAUACCAGGCCCUAUGUUUUUUAUUUUAAAAAGGGAACACAAAGGGAUAUGCCCUUAAUGCAUUUUAAUGUCAGCUGCCUUCACCUUUUUAAGUGGUUUGUGUGAUGGAAAGCAGGCAGUGUGGUUUUUGAGGUUAGCCUCACUCAGGAUGAUGAUUAAUUUAAUUUUAUCCAUAUUUUAUGUGGACCUGUAUGAAAUCUACAAUUCAGUCCUCUGACUCAAUGUCAGUGGCAGGGAGGGAGGCUAAACCCAAACAAGGUCCAGUCAAUAUGAGCAGCUAUAAAUGAAACUCCUCCCAUGCAUUCCCUGUGUAUUUGCAAUGAAAAACAGUUCAUGUACUAUUUAUACUGCGUAUGUAAAUUAGUUGUUAGCAGUGCCCCGAUUGGAAAGAUGCCAUUGUACAAAAUGUAUGCAAAUCACAAAUGAAUGUAGCAGAGGGCACAUAGUGAUUUCAAAUUCUACAUAUAUAGAUGAUAUAAGCUGUUACAUUUUAUAAUUGUCAGUUAUUUAUUUGGAAUACAUGCAGAACGUCGACUCUUGGAUGGUUUUAACUCUUUCAACCUUCUCUCACUUGCGCUCUUAGAUUCAGUAGUAUCCGUCAUGCUUCCACUGUUAGUCAUCCGUUUUACAAACCUUAUAUCAAUAGUGUUAGUACAAACAAAUACAGCACAUACUCUUUGUCACUCCAACAGUUGCUCAUGAUUGUAAGACAUACAGUACUUGCAGUGCUACUUGUAACUCUAGUACCCCAUGCGUUAUGGCCUGUUGCUGUUAACAUGUUGUGACAUUUUAAAACACACUUUGCCGCUAAAAAACUGACCAUUAAUAAAAUGGCUUUACUGAAAUUUCAA